UCACUGACUUGUUGACUUUCGCGCCGUGUGGAAGGGAUCAUUCUCUCACUGGACACUGGUAGGGUGACAUCAGACGCCAGUAGGGAGAUAGCAUACAUCAGUGAGGAGACAACCGACAUCAGUGAAUUAGACAUCAUAAGUUACAUCAGACAUCAUACAUCAUUUGGUAAUUAUCAUAAAUCAGUUAGGAGAUAUCAUACAUCAGUUAGGAUAUAUAUUUGGUAGUUAUCAUUCAUCAGUUAGGAGAUAUUAUACAUCAGCAGGGAGACAACUGUCAUCAUCAGUAAAUAGGACAUCAAAAAAAUAUAAAUCAGUAGUUAGACAAUCAUUUGUUAGUUAUCAUACAUCAGUUAGAAGAUAUCAUACAUCAUUUGGUAGUUAUCAUACAUCAGUUAGGAGAUAAUCAUACAUCAGUAGGGAGGCAACUGACAUCAUCAGUAAAUAGGACAUAAAUAAAUUAUAAAUCAGUAGUGAGACAUCAGGCAUCAGUGAGGAGACAACUGACAUCAGUAAAUCAGACAGUCAAUUAGACAUCAGCAGAUUAGCCAAAAUCAGAUUUAGAUUAGGCCUAAAUCAGACAUCAGUGAAUGAGACAUCAUAGUAGAUUAUACAUCAGUGAGGAGACAUAUCUGACAUAAGUGGGGAACCUUAUCUGACAUUAAGCAUCAGUUAAGAGGCGUCAGACAUUAGUAGGAAGACAUCACAUAUCAGACUUCUGUGGAAAUACAUCAUACAUCAAUUAGGAGGCAUCAGAUAUCCUUGUCAUCGUAGGAGACAGCAUCUGGCAUCCUCCUUAUCGGACAAGAAUAACCUCCAUGAUACAGGAUCUACGCUUCAUCCAUUCAUCUCUGCUACUACUGUGAGAGGAUACCUGUGAAUGACGAUGUUGAAUGCCACUAACGAGACUGCACUUCAAGAUCAGAUUGAAGAUCUGAAGAAAAAUGUGGAUGAUGUGUUCCUCCUUAUGAAUGGCAUUAUUGUGUCCUUUAUGCAAGCAGGUUUUGCUUGCCUCGAAGCUGGCUGUGUUAGAUCCAAAAAUGUCACCAACAUAUUGAUGAAAAAUCUGCUGGACCUAUUUAUAGCAGCACUGGUCUACUGGUUAGUGGGAUACAGCCUGGCCUACAGCAAGGGGACGGCCUACUUUGGUGCGACUCACUGGGCUGGCUACGGUCUCCAGGAUGACGUCAUGGCGCACUGGUUCUUCCAGUUUGUGUUUGCCGCCACGGCAGCCACUAUUAUAACGGGCGCCGUAGCUGAACGUUGUAAUUACAGCGCGUACAUCAUAUACUGUGCCAUGUUCUCAGGGUUCGUCUACCCGGUGGCGUCUCACUGGGCUUGGACCGAUGAGGGGGUUCUGGCCCAGUUGGGGUACAAGGACUACGCAGGAGCGGUGGUACAUGCCCUGGCGGGGGUCGCCUCCUUUUUUGGGGCGCUCUUCAUUGGUCCCCGCACCGGGCGGUUCGCUGACGGCAAGGUCAACGAAAUUACUGGCCACUCCACUAUGCUCACAGGACUCGGCGGUCUGCUUCUGAUCUCUGGAUUUCUGGCGUUCAACGGCGGUUCUCUGGGUCACAUGAGCCAUCCUGGUGACAGUGAGACCAUCGCGCGGACCAUCACCAACACAAUCCUGGGAGGCAGCGGAGCUGGAGUGGUGGCUCUCACACUUUGCCGAACGGGAGUUGUCGGGUCACCCGUCUGGUCGUUCUCCUACACGCUUAACGGCAUCCUGGCCGGAAUGGUAUCCGUAUGUGGCAGUGCUGACACAUUCUCAUCUUUGGGAGCUAUUUUAUCUGGAUUCUGCGCAUGCUUCAUUUUCUUCUCGAUUCGUCGACUAAUGUACGCUUUGAAAGUUGACGACCCCCUAGAUGCAGUUGCCGUCCACUUGGGAGGGGGUUUUUGGGGAGCUCUAUCCGGACCCAUAUUCGCCAAGGGGGGACUUGUCUAUGGAUUUACCAAUGCCGCAAGAACUCAACUGGCAAAUAACUUGUUCGGGGUGCUAGUAUUAUGUGCAUGGUCAGCACUUACCAGUAUACUGCUCUUCGGAUUUAUGAAAUCCGUCGGAAUUUUCCGUGUAUCCGAGGAUGACGAACUUAAAGGUCUUGAUAUUGCUCUACAUGGAGAACCAGCUUAUCCCAGUGAGGCAUGGACUGGUAUUGAAAAUAAUCCAGAAGUUAUCAAAGUACAAGACUUACCUCCUGCUGAAAAGAGCAAAUCAAAAUCUUCGAAAUCGUCAUACACUCUCCGACAGAUGAACUUCGACAAUAUGGCGUUGGACAUGAACUCAGAGCAUAGGAGAUGAAGCUAAUUCAGUGAAAACUUUGUGAUAAAUCAUAGAAAAUUGCUAAGUUUCGAAGAUUCUUAUGGAACUAGGAAGCGUGGAAUGAUUUUCAGUUCCAAGUCCAUCGCAUCAAUGAUCUCCAGACUUUCAUCUAUCUUCGUCAGUAGAUCAUAUAGUGAGGUCCACACGUUAUAAUAGCAGUGAAGAAAGAUAGGUGAACAGCGCUGUCGAUUCUCUGCCACUGCCUUCCAUAGUUGAUGGCUGAUACCGGUAUAUCUGAUAUCAACUGUUCAUUCUUGUUGAAUAAUAAAUUAGAUUUAUCCAUUAUUAUUUAACAAAAAUCCAAAUUAAAUGCUGUAAAUCACCCCGAAGACUUCAAAAUAUUGUUGUCAAUAUUUGCAGUAACAGAAGUCUUCGACGUGAUUUACAGCAUUUGAUUUGGAUUUUCGUUCAAUAAUAAUAAUUAAUUCAUUAGCAUUUGAAUUGAUAAAAAUAAUAUUUUAUCUUGAUUAUGAAAAUUUAUUAUUCAAUCAUUGAAAAAUAGAUAUUCUCCCAGACGAAUAUAGAUCAUCUAUAUAAUUGCAAUUGCAAUAAUUGCAAUAUCUCAGUAAUUACCAUCUGUAGAUCUAUAUUCGUCUGGAGAUUAUAUAUAUUUCAAUGAUUGAAUAAUAAAUUCGCAUAAUCAAGAUAAAAUAUUAUCUUAAUCAAUAUUAUAUUUCUACAUUGUUGUAAAGCGAUCUGGCUUCUUGGUGGAGCUGAAAAAGAAUAGCGCUAUCUGCUUUGUCGAAUGAUAGACAAGGAUAGCAACACCAAUGUUGAAAUCAAAUACUGCCAUUUUAAUGUGGACCUCACUUUAAUGUUGGAAAAUUUAUCGUCCAUAAAGCCUCUUGCACACAGGGACAAUAGUUGCGUUCACUUAUAGCCGCCAUUAGUGGCUAAUAGCCAGCAUAAAGGGCCAUUAUUAGUGUCUGAACUUGGACAAUAGACGAGAUUCUAGUGGACGCUAGUAAUGUCCAAGUCUAGUGGACGUCACUAUUGUCCCUGAGUGCAGGUUGCUUAAUACUUGCAGCUUAGAGAAGAGUGUAGCAUUAUCUUCAAAUCACUUCAUUUCUUAGAUUAAUUAAGCUAAGGCCCGGUUGCACAAAAGCCGGUUAAAUUUUAACACUGAUUAACUUCAAGAGAGCCAAUCAGAAAAGGCGUUUUUGAAAAGAUGGCUUCUCUGAUUGGUUCUCGUGGAAUUAAUCACGAUUAAAAUUUAACCGGAUUUUGUGCAACCGGCACUAAAAGUGAUAGUGAAUAUUGUAUAAAUAUUGUAACGCCUAUUCAUGUGAUGUAACAUAUUUUAUAAAUAUGUGCUCAUUUAUUAGUAAUUGUUCCAAUUGAAUUAAAAUUUCUGUUUUCUAA